CGCACCAACUAGACCAAUAUUAGACCACAGUCAGCAGUCAUGGUGUCUUAUACAUAGAAUUCCACAAUCUAUGACUGUCUAAACAUAAUUCCUUGGUCUCUUUUUUUAAGCUCUGAAUAUAAGAAAAAAGAUUCAUGGCUGAAUACACAUCAGAAAUGCAAAGCUUCAAAUCACAACUUUCUUUGUUAGAGUUUGAUCCCAACAUGGAACUAAUGAUGAAUCAGUACACAAAUGCAAUCCCAAGUGCCAUAAAUACUUCAAACUCAAGUAUUAAUAACCUCAUGGUGUUUCCUAAUGAGAAUUUCAGUUCUCAAAUUCCGGGUUUCCAGGGUAACUUGGAAUAUAACUUUCGAAGCUUUUCUCAUGAAGAUAAUAAGGAUGUCACUCUAGAAUCUGCUUCUGUCCAAAGAAACGAUUUCUGCAGCUCGAAGAAGAGGAUAGCAGGACAUGAAGUGGAAGUCUGUUCUAGUAAUUCAUCUCCUCAAGCUUCUGGUAGUGGAAACAAGAGAAAAAAUAAUUCUGGGGCAGUCAAAAGGUCGAAGAGUAGUGACAAAGACGAAGAGAAACCAGAUGAUGUGGUACAUGUCCGAGCUAGAAGGGGCCAAGCCACCGAUAGUCACAGUUUAGCAGAAAGGGUUCGAAGAGGAAAAAUCAAUGAAAAAAUAAAAUGCCUGCAAGACAUUGUACCUGGUUGUCACAAGACAAUGGGCAUGGCAGUCAUGUUGGAUGAGAUUAUUAAUUAUGUACAGUCUUUGCAGAACCAAGUGGACUUCCUUUCUAUGAAGCUUUCUGCAGCAAGCACAUUUCAUGAUAUUAACUCACAGACAGAUGCAUUUGAACAACUACAGAUUGUACAGAGAGCAAUGGCAUAUGAAGCACAGAAGAUGCAAAGAGUUGUGAGAAGAGGAAAUGAAGAGGUUGCCUCAACUCAAUUUGGUCCCCUUGACCUUAAUUUUGGCUCUUAUCCUACACUGCCAUACAAUUCAUAAACAAAAGAUCCUGUUUUCCCAUCAAUAGUUUGCUUGUCCCCAUCUCAUCUUUUUUAUGUAAUUUCAGACAUGCCACUGUAUACAUAUACUAAUCCUCACACAUGUGGAGAAAUACUUCAAAUAUAUACUAUCACAAGUCACAACUUUUACUGGCAUUGUUUA